GCAACGGUUUUGUGUUGCAGUGAUUUCAUUUCAACUCUGAUUAAGUAGCUUAAGUAUGUGACAUUGCGUGUGCGCCCAAAUACAUCAUCCUAUACUUAGCCGCGCUGACACCUUAAUGAGCGCCAGUUAUACUACUACAAAUGUAAUUAUGUUAGCAUGUAUGUGUGUAUGUGUGUUUUUCUCUUCGUAAGUGCUUGCCAUUAAAGUUAGGCGCUUAUCUUCCUGAUAUUUGUAGGCAUGUGCAAACUUUAUGCUGACAGCUUUUUACGCGCCCAAACUUAUUUGUGGCAUUUUGUAAAUUAAAUAAGUAAAUAUAUGUGUAAGUAGUUAUUUAUGACUUCGUGUUGCGUACACACAUGACGCUCUUUUAAUGCGUGAGUGCGUGCGUAACUUAUGCGCUCAUUAAGAAAGAGUUACGCGUGAGUUUUGCAGUGGUGCAAGCCCUGUAAGAAAUUGAUUACAUUGGACGCGGACUGGUCCAUAUGCUUGCCUCAUGCGAGUUUUUCAUACACUUGUGUUAAUGUAGGUAACAUCAAAAAAGAUGAAAAGUUGCUACGAGAGAGAUCGCGGAGGAACUCAAGCUUUCUUAUGUACGUAUCGAAAGUAUACAUUUUGCUUAAUGUUUUGGCUAUGAAGGGUUAGACUCGUGACUCAAAACUUGAUCGAAGGUUUUGCAAAAACGACUAUGAGCAGGGAUCGCAAAGGAGAUGUUUCACAAAAUGGCUCAUGAACAUUCUCAAGCAUCUCUUUUACGACCUCACAAUCAACCUCACAAUCAUCAAACGCAUGUUUGCUCUUGACGAGCUGUGGGUUUAUGAAUAUGAGGUCGAAACUGUAAACAGAAGGUUAAAUUCUGACGAGAGGCACUCCAAAAAUCAAUCGGUACCAAUUGACUCAUAAGGAGCCUAUUUUGUCAGUCCGAGUCAAAUUUGAGCGGUUUGAUAUUAUUAUUAUAGAAAAUAAUAAAUGAGAUACUAUAUUUCUUCUAAAGGAUAGAGAGAGAUACAUGACAUAUGUAAGCACAGAUAUGGAAUACGCUUUCCUGAUAAAUUUAGAGGCAAAAUUACUAAACAUAGAGGUAGGAAUCAAAAUAAAUAAUCAUAUAUUGCGAUAAAAAGGUGUAACAGAGAUAUUGAUGUAGAAAGAUGGAGGCAGAGGCAGAGAUAGAGAUAGAUAAAGAUAAAGAUAAAGAUAAAGAUGAAGAUGAAGAUGAAGAUAAAGAUAAAGAUAAAGAUAAAGAUAAAGAUAAAGAUAAAGAUAAAGAUAAAGAUAAAGUUAAAGAUAAAGAUAAAGAUAAAGAUAAAGAUAAAGAUAAAGAUAAAGAUAAAGAUAAAGAUAAAGAUAAAGAUAAAGAUAAAGAUAAAGAUAAAGAUAAAGAUAAAGAUAAAGAUAAAGAUAAAGAUAAAGAUAAAGAUAAAGAUAAAGAUAAAGAUAAGGAUAAAGAUAAAGAUAAAGAUAAAGAUAAAGAUAAAGAUAAAGAUAAAGAUAAAGAUAAAGAUAAAGAGAAGAUAAAGAUAAAGAUAAAGAUAAAAAUAAAGAUAAAGGUAGAGAUUGAGGAUGAGGAUGAGGAUGAGGAUGAGGAUGAGGAUGAGGAUGAGGAUGAGGAUGAGGAUGAGGUUGAGGUUGAGGUUGAGAUUGAGAUUGAGAUUGAGAUUGAGGUUGAGGUUGAGGUUAAGGUUGAUAUUGAGUUUGAGAUUGAAAUUGAGAUUUAGAUAAAGAUUGAGAUUGGGAUUGAGAUUGAGUUUGAGACUGAGAUUAUGAGUGAAAUUGCUAUUGAAAUUGAGGUUAAGAUUGACAUUGAGAUUAAGUUUGAGAUAGAAAUUAGAAAUAGAGAUAGCGAUAGUUAUUGAUGUAAAAGUAGAGGUAGAGCAAGACAUACGUGAAUAGAAAUAAAACAAGCAGUAAUAAAGAAUGAAUACACCUUGAGGAUUAAGUACAAAAGACAAAUUACUUUUAAAUAAUUAGUCUGUUCUCAUUAUCUAGUGCCUAACAGCCUGUUUUGGAUUAUACAUAUGACACACUGGGUGAUCUGACUAAAAUCUAAAAUAAAAAAAUAAAAGAUUUUAAUACAUAAGGAUUCAAAUCUCCCCCGAAAAGUACGAAAACGUUUUGUUUUAAUUAUUAAUAUUAAAAAACUAAUUUCUCUCGUCAAGCAUGGGAAGCACUUAUUUGUUUCAUGUAAACAAAUCUUUUCAUUAAAUCUAUCACUAAAUUAACUUUUACUUUUAGUACUUGAACUUUAACUUUUUGAAAACUUUCAUAGAAUAUAAAACUACAAGUAUAAUUUUUUGAAUUAUUCAAUAUGCACAAAUAUAUAAUAAAAUAAAAAUUUAUCACAAAAAAACUAUAAACAACAAGCCUACAACUUAAUCACAGCAAAAUAAUAUGAAGAUUUAUAUGAGUGACCGUUGACCUUACCCCCUAGUGCGUUGACGCUAAAUUCAGCUUUAUUGUACGUGGUGUCGUAGAGCAAAGAUGAAUGUCGCUAUUAAAUGCUAGAAAAUAUGUACAGCUGUAAUAAUAAUUACAUGGCCAGGGCAAAGGCAACACAUUAAUUCUGGGCUUUACGCAGCGCCAGGCCAACAUGCCGGCAGCCUCCAUUAUCAUUGCCUUAAUCCAAGUGCCAGCUAUGCCAUUAGCGGCAAGAAAACACACACACCCACACGUGUGAGUGUCUACGUGAAUAUGUGGCAUUUAUUAUUAUUAACAUCAUAACUACUGAAAGGUUAUUAACAGCACCCGCACACAGGCACACGCACACACAAAGUCGGUGAUGGCUUGCGUAAGAGCGAAAUGUCAAAGUUUGAUGACAUUCAUCAGCAAACAAAGUAUGUAACUAACCUAAUAUCAGCGUACAAAGGUUAUGCGCCCGUUAAGUUGAAGUAAAGAUUUAAGGGACAUACUUUUGGGCGCAGAAAUGUCAUAAAUAAAACACAUUGAGAUAUAUGUAUAGGCGGUGGUGUGUGUGUUUGUUGUUAUUUAUAGCUGCUAUGUACGCGCUUGUUUAUGUGCGCUUGCCUUUUACGCACUCCCAUUAUGGCUGCGCUUACGCAGGUGUAGCAUACUUUUGUGCGUCGGCGAAAUGCUGCACACGUGUGCGUGAACAUAAAGGAUUUCGCUGUUUCAUGAUUAAGAUACAUAGUAUAGGCUCAUUUGUAAGACGUUGUAACAAAGUAAAAUGUUGACUGGUUGGCUAAUGCAUUUGUCAACGCCUACACACCUACUAAUACUGGUGGCAAGUGUUUGCUGUGUCUUCAGGUGGCAUGCCGAUGAAAGUGAAAAAUUCCUAAUUUAAUAUUCUUAACUUAUUUAAGCCUCUUUACCAAGUUUUAAUUGAGUUUAUUCUAAUAGUGUGCAUUUGCUUCGCUGGUACACCGCUGCGUAUGCGUAACAUUUUAUGUCUGCAAAUGUAUGUAUCUAUAGACAACUUUGCUCUCUUUUGCUCUGUGGGACUUUUGUUAUGCAAUUAUUUAUAAAGAACUUUGGAAAUAUUUUUAUUUCA